CAGUUAAAGCACUUGCCAACCCAAAUAUUAGCAAUGAAGAACAAGGCAUCUGUUUUCUUGAAACAGGUCAUCUCUUUGGUGUGGGUGAGUUCCAUUUCCAAAGCCAAAUCCAUGGCAGUCAAGGGCAAAAUGAGUGCAGCCAAGGCCCGGCUUAUCAUGUUCACUUUGAUGAAGAGCAAGAAGGCGGUUUUGCUUACUUCUAUCUCUAACAAGAUUCACGGACUCCUUGGCGACAAGGAAAGUGACGAAGACCACCAAAGCACAGCCAUACUUCCAUACAUUGAUGCCGCAGCUAGUUAUUAUGGAGAUGAGAACGAGGAUGAGGAUAAGUACCCUGAUCUGACCCACUGUUUGUUUGAUGAGGAGGAACUGGAGUUGGAGGCCGAAGCUCAGGGUGGGUCCAUCAUUGACAUGGUGAGGAACUCCAAAGAGGAAGGACAAGAUUUCAGCUUGGAAGACGAGAUUGAUCACGUUGCAGACUUGUUCAUAACCAGGUUUUACAAACAAAUGCGCCUGCAAAAGCUCUUGUCUUUCAAGAGGCAUCAAGAAAUGCUGGAGAGAAGCGUUUAGAGACCUGAGAGUUAGACACAACUUACCACUUUCGCUGUGUUUUUAUCUUUAGGCUAACCUUCUUCACUUUCCUUCCAAUUUCUUUGCAAUUCAAUUUUAAUACAAAUUAAGCUGUGACUUUAUGUUUGUAAAAUUUUCAUGUGAAAUAAAAAAUAUUGGCAUCAACUUCAGUUACUCA